CUUAAUAGAAACAAAACUCCAAACGAUAACUCCCCCAGUUUUAAAUCCUCAACUCUCCAACCCCAAACUACCAGAAAGAACAUCAACGCUUAACAACCCCCAAAAAAAGACCAUUUCUCUUCCUCCUCUGUAUCUCUCUCUCAUCCACCUAUUUUAGAAGAACAUCGCCGUCGCUUCGAUUUGUUUCAACAUCUAGUUAUUACUCGGUCUACCGCUUGGUAUGGAGAGAUAAUGUGUAGGGAUCAGCGGCCACGAUUGCCGUCAUCGUUUCUAUCAUCAAAUCCACUCUCAAUAUGUCGGUUUCAUGUUCCGAUCGCUUCACGGGCUUACUCUGCUCCGAGGAUUCUGACGAGGUAUUAUCCGGCGAGUCGCCGCCAUGUUCCUCGGAACUGGAGUCUCCGGCGACGUCGAUCGAGGAAUCAUCCAUCGAUGGCUUUAUUGAAGACGAAACGAACUUCGUCCCCGGAUUUGAUUACUUGGCUCGGUUUCAGUGCCAAUCUCUUGACGCGUCGGCUCGAGAGGAAUCUGUUGCAUGGAUUCUAAAGGUACAAGCAUACUACAAUUUGCAGCCUUUGACGGCGUAUCUUUCCGUUAACUAUCUGGAUCGAUUUCUGUAUUCCCGCCGCUUGCCGGAAAAUAGAGGGUGGCCAUUGCAACUUCUAGCUAUUGCGUGUUUGUCGUUAGCAGCGAAGAUGGAGGAACAUCUUGUUCCAUCUCUUAUAGAUCUCCAGGUAGAGGGAGCAAAAUACAUUUUUGAACCAAAAACAAUUCAAAGAAUGGAACUGCUUGUGCUGACGGUUCUGGAUUGGAGACUGCGAUCAGUAACGCCAUUCAGUUUCAUUGAUUUCUUCGCGUGCAAGCUCGACCCAACAUCAACUUUUCUGGGGUUUUUGAUUUCAAGAGCAUCAGAUAUUAUUUUAUCAAAUAUCAAAGAGGCGAGCUUUCUAGAGUAUAGGCCGUCAAGCAUCGCUGCAGCAGCGAUACUUUGUGCAGCCAAUGAAAUCCCAAACUUGUCUCUUUUCAAUCCUGAACAUGCCGAGUCAUGGUGUGACGGGCUAAGCAAGGAGAAAAUCUUGAGCUGCUACAGGUUGAUGCUAGAACUUGUUGAAGACAAUGCGAGGAGGAAACAACCAAAGGUGUUGCCGCAGCUUCGAGUCACUAUCCGAGGCAGAAUGAGGUCCAGUGACUCAUCUUCCUCGUCUUCUUCUUCCUUACCUUCUUACAAAAGGAGAAAAUUAAAUAACUGUUUCUGGGUGGACGAUGACAGAAACUCCAAGUAAG